UAAUGGCUUUAUGAUUUUUUUUUUCAGGCUCUGAAUCCGGGACAACAAUGUCUGAAAUAGUCAGGUCUAAAUUCAGGUUGUUUGAUGCAUUGAAAAACCUAAAGAAUUCUUCCAAGGUCCAUGAUAAUGAUGGUUCUAUGCCUAUUGGAGAGAACCCAGGGGAGGACCUAGUCUCAUUGAAUAAAAGAAAAGAAGUUGAAGUUAAUGGUGACACAGGAAAUAACACUUUUGCAUUACUUAAUCCUACAUUGGAACAACCAUCUAUUGUUCAAGGAGCACAUCUCCCUCUCCAUGAAUUCAAAAAACCUAGACCUGGACCUUUAUUAGAGGCAACAGGUCCUCAAAUUGUUUUUGUACCAAGUUCAACAUCUGGGAAAAAGAAGAGUCGUAAAAACAAGAAGGCCAAGAAGAAAAAUCUAGUUGAUUCUCAGUUGGCUAUUGUUGCAACGCCGACUCCUGCUUUUUCAGUGGCCAAUGAGUAGUUCAAUCUGCUGUACUUCUCCUAGGUAAUACAGCUGACAUUAUUUUGGUGGUUGGUUUUAUGCAAAUAAUCAAUGCAACUGUGCCUAUUUUAUUACUACUCACUACUAGUGCCUCUAGUUUCA